AUGCCUCCGCGGCGCUCACAUAAAAAGUCUAGAGCGGGCUGCCGCCGCUGCAAGUCGCGCAAGAUCAAGCCUCAGUGCGACGAGAUCCGCCCCCGCUGCUACAACUGCGAGAAGCACGGCGUCCAGUGCGACUUUGAGUUCCCCAAUGCCGCUUCCGACAUUGCCCACACACCGCGCACUUCCUAUGCCUCCACACCAGGCGCCACGCCGGCCGCAGCCACACCUGCUGGCUCCUUUGCCGUCCCGGCCACCCCCUCAAUACCGUCGAUCAAGGCCAAUGCCGCCGCCAUCGCACGACUCGGGCCCCCGCCGUCUGUCUCUCCGACCAUUGCAUCACCAACAUCCUUGGCUCUUGCGCCGCCGGCUUCAGCAACAGCCGCCCGCCUGCUCGAGAUGCGCCUGCUGCACCACUACACCACCGAGACAAGCAAGACUCUUUCGUGCCAGAGCCCUUCGGCAGAGCAAAUCUGGCGCGACAAUGUGCCCCGCGUGGCCUUUGCGGCCGCCAGCGGCUCCGUCAAUGCCGCCUCCAACCAUCUCACCGACGCUGUCCUGGCCGUAGCCGCUCUCCACCUGCGCAGCGAGUUUCCGCACGACCGCGAGCUCAUCCGCGCCUCGCACGCCUACAUGGGCUCGUCCCUCAGCGAGUACAACCGCCUCCUGCAGCAGGGCAUCACAGCCUCCAAUGCCGAGGCCCUCUUCCUCAACUCCACGCUCAUCGCCUUCCAGUCCACCGCCACGCGCAUCUUUAGCAAAGACGAACAGCCGUCCGCACCCGCCCAUCAUGCCAACGGCCAGCCGCCGGCACGCGACCCAUAUUCCCUGUCCCACAUGUCCAUUGGCGUGAGUAGUGGCAACUACGGCCUGCCCAUGUCCUGGUUCCACGCGUUCCAGGGCGUCAAGGCCAUCACAGCCGCCUCGUGGCCCUGGCUGCGCCGCAGCAACGUUGUGCUCCCCAUCAUCAAUGCGCAGCCGGCACUGCACCUCGACAUUGCGUCUGCCAAGGACGGAUUUUUCGGCCACCUGCUGGACGGCGUGGACGAAGAGCUGGCGGCCGUCGCGAGCGCGUCCGGCGCCACGAGCGAGUGCCACGUCGCAAGUUCGGCGGCCAACGAUCCGUUUUCGUCCCGUUCCGAGCAGGGCGCGCACCGGCACCACAGCCCAAGCUGCGUCUGCACGAGCAACAGCGAGCGCGACGCCGAACUCGAGCACCAGCACCCACACCCGGCAGGCUCCCCGACCGCCAACAGCCACCAGAUCGCCAACAUUCUGCGCGACAGCGUCCACGUCGCCGACGACCCAGACGAGAGCGCCCGCACCCGCCACGCCUACCAGCACGCCGUCGCCGUCCUCAACUGGGCCCACGGCAUGCGCAACAAUGGCGCCUGCCUGGCCUUCCCGGCCACCGUAUCGCGCCGCUUCGUCGAGCUGCUCAGCAGCCGCACACCGCGCGCCCUGACCAUCUUGGCCUGCUUCUUCGCCAUGCUCAAGACCCUCGACAGCGUCUGGUGGCUGCACGGCAUGGCCCGCCGCGAAGUGCUGGGGGUCGUGUCCAUGUUUAACUCGGACGCCGUCCCCGUCGACGUCGAGCGCCGCUGGUGGCCGCACAUGCAGUGGGCCGUCCGCGUCGCCCUGUACCACGACGACAACCACCCAUCGGACUAUGUCCCCACCGAGGUCUGGGGCGCUAGUUGGCACGACACGGAGGACGGCACCAGCGGCGGCGGUGCCGGUACGGACGAUGCAGCCGGCCUGGUUUCCAGCGGCGCCGGUGCCGGUGCUGCGGCCGGGUCCGAAAGCUACGUGCACCACAUCGACAUGAUCACGGAGACAAUUAACAAUGGCGGGGUGCCGUCAGAGUUGAACGAGUUCAACUUUGCCAGCUUAUAG